CUUCGCCUCUCUCUCUCUCUCUCUCUCUCCUUCUCCUUCCCCUCUUCAACUCCGACUCCCGUGGCUUUCGAUCGUCAUAAAACUCUAACACCAAACUCCCUCAACUCAGGCUGAGGGAGCGGGAGCGAGAGAGAGAGAGAGAGAGAGAGAGAGAGUGCGGCGUCGCCAUUUAUGAUGACCGCCGUCCAGGCCUCCCUCUUCUUCCGGCCCCUGUCUUCGCCCUCCCUCUCCCGUCCCCCCAAGCGCCUCUCCCCAGCCUUCUUGAUCCCCUCUCACCUCCAUACGUCCCGCUUCCACUGCCGCCUCGCCCUCGGCUCUGUCCCCCGCGCAUUGCCUCCCGAGAACUCGGACCCGGCCCUGGAACCCUCCUCCCCUGAUAAAGAUUCCUCCUUGGAUGCCCAACCCUCCCGGGGCUCCCAGCUUUCGCAGGAAACCGGUGGAGAGAGCUCGAGAGGGGAGCCCGAUGCGGCCGCCGUGGUUGGCGCGGUCGGAAAUGGUGCUUCUUUUGUGGAUAAGUCAUCGGUGGAGAAGACAAGGACGGAGGGCAGGUUCCGCCUCAUGGCGUUCUUGAUGGGAGCCCUCGCUUCGGCCAGGAAGGGUUUGGAUGCGGUUUUGAUGUCGGAAUGGCUCAGCUGGUGGCCCUUCUGGAGAAAGGAGCAGAGGCUGGAGUGGCUGAUCGCGGAUGCCGAUGCAAACCCCAGGGAUGCUGCCAAGCAAAGCGCUCUCCUUGCGGAGCUCAAUAAACACAGUCCUGAAGCAACAAUCAGACGCUUUGAACAAAGAAAUCAUGUAGUUGAUAGCAGAGGAGUUGCAGAAUAUAUUCGAGCUCUUGUUUUAACUAAUACCCUCGCAGAGUAUCUUCCAGAUGAGAGUUCAGGAAGACCUUCCAAUCUUCCAACACUGUUGCAAGAGUUGAAGCAACGUGCAUCUGGAAGCGAGGACAAGUUGCUCUUGAAUCCUGGAAUAUCAGAGAAGCGGCCACUUCAUGUUGUUAUGGUUGAUCCUAAAGCAUCAAACAAGUCACCACAAUUUGCUCAAGAACUCCUUUCAACCAUCUUGUUCAUCGUUGCUGUCGGCUUGAUGUGGGUAUUAGGUGCAGCUGCACUGCGAAAGUAUGUUGGCAGCUUAGGUGGUAUUGGGACUUCUGGUGUUGGUUCGAGUGCCACAUAUGCACCCAGAGAGUUAAACAAAGAAAUUUUACCAGAGAAGAAUGCUAAAACCUUUAAAGAUGUUAGAGGUUGUGAUGAUGCAAAGCAAGAGCUUGAGGAAGUAGUUGAUUAUCUUAAGAACCCAGGAAAGUUCACUCGCCUUGGUGGGAAAUUGCCUAAGGGAAUUCUCUUGACUGGUGCUCCUGGCACUGGAAAGACUCUUCUUGCAAAGGCUGUUGCUGGUGAAGCUGGUGUGCCUUUCUUCUACAAAGCAGGUUCUGAAUUCGAGGAAAUGUUUGUUGGAGUUGGAGCUAGUCGUAUGAGAUCAUUAUUUCAGGCGGCUAAGAAAAAGGCACCUUGCAUUAUUUUCAUUGAUGAAAUAGAUGCUGUGGGUUCCACUAGAAAGCAGUGGGAGGGACAUGCUAAGAAAACGUUGCAUCAACUGCUUGUGGAAAUGGACGGAUUUGAGCAGAAUGAGGGGAUAAUAUUGAUGGCUGCUACGAACUUGCCAGAUAUACUUGAUCCAGCAUUGACAAGACCUGGUAGAUUCGAUCGGCAUAUUGUUGUUCCAAGUCCCGAUGUGCAGGGUCGACAGGAGAUUCUGAAGCUUUACUUGCAGGACAAACCAUUAGCUGAUGAUAUAGACGUAAAUGCAAUUGCUCGUGGUACUCCUGGCUUCACUGGAGCAGAUCUUGCAAACUUGGUAAAUAUCGGUGCCAUUAAGGCUGCAGUAGACGGCGUUGACAAGAUAACUGCUGCGCAUUUGGAAUUUGCAAAGGAUAGGAUGAUUAUGGGUACAGAAAGGAAGGCCAUGUUUAUAUCUGAAGAAUCAAGGAAGCUCACUGCUUACCAUGAGAGUGGUCAUGCCAUUGUUGCACUCAAUACUGACGGUGCUCAUGCUAUACACAAGGCAACCAUUAUCCCCCGAGGUUCUGUGCUAGGGAUGGUAACUCAGCUUCCAUUUCAAGAUGAAACAUCUAUCAGCAAGAAACAGCUGUUAGCUUGUCUUGAUGUCUGCAUGGGGGGGAGGGUAGCUGAAGAGCUCAUCUUCGGCGAAGAGAGUAUUACGACUGGUGCCAGCAGUGAUCUCCGGACAGCCACAGAGCUUGCUCACUACAUGGUGUCAACCUGUGGAAUGAGUGAUGCGAUUGGCCCAGUGUAUGUUAAAGAACGACCAGGUUCUGAGCUGCAGUCACGAAUAGAUGCAGAAGUGCUCAAGCUCUUGCGAGAAGCUUGUGAUCGAGUCAGACGGUUACUGCAGAAGCAUGAAAAUGCAUUACAUGCGCUAGCUAAUGCGCUACUUAAAUAUGAAACUCUCAGUGCGGAUGAGAUUAAAAGAAUCCUAAAUCCUUACCAACAGAAAGAGGAGCUUGCUUUGACUUGAGAGAACGCCUUGACUAUUUGCAAAAGUCUUUCCUCACUGUAAAGUAGUGUGUACAGUAAUGCAAUGUAGGUCGAUUUUUUGAACAGCUUGUGAUAAUUCUUGGUAUAUAUAUGAAGUGUGGAAAGGAAACUAGGAGUUACUCCUCCCAAGUUCACAUCAAACUUUGCUGGGGAAUGCAGGAGAACGAAAUCCUUUUGCUGGGAUAUGAUUCUUUUAGCUCGGUUGAUUAGAGCGGCCAUAUUGAGUAGAAAAAGGAAGGAAAGGGAACAUAAUUUUCGAGUUGGGAUAAGAUCUGCUGAAGAUCUAUUUCAUUUUCACAUUUGUAUCUACAAUGAAAGAGGUGUACAAAAACAGGGCAGGGCAACUUUCCAAGAAAUUUAUCCGUUCCUGAAUGUUAUUUGUGUCAUGAAUACUUAUUUGUGAGGGGGUGGCGGUAUUACAUCAAAUCGUGGUAGGAGCCUCGAUAUUUAUAUGUUGAGCAUUAAUUUGGUCACCGGAAAUGUUUCGGCUUUUCAUGGAAUUCUUGUUAGUUUUUGACUCGGCAGGAAAACGUAAAACCAUAUGAGAAAAUUGUAUUUACAGAUUAUUAUUAUUUUUUUCUUUCUUUCUAACAAAGAACUUGAUGUUU